UUUCGCUGACACUUCAUCGGAAGCUUUCGAAGAUGUAAGUCGUACAGUUGCACAAGUUGUAGCGCUUGAUCAUAAAUUAACGCGAAAUAUCGUAUGUACAUAUUUUUGCUGCGGUAAUGAUGAGAAUAGUGCCACAAGUGUUAACACCUUACUAAAAAAAAAAAUAGAACAGGAAAAUAUUGCAAAAGAUUAAAAAAAAAAGAAGAAAAUUAUACAAACAAAACUGGAAACGCGAUUCUCAACUUAUUAUAAUAAAAAAAUAUCUGUGAUUUUUGUGUACCUAUUUAACAAAACAACAAAUUACAUAUUUUCAAACGAUAAAGCCAACUGACUUACACAUACCUACAUAGAAUUAGAAGAGAUUAAAUAAGUUUAGAUUGCACGUUCAACUCAAACCGUGAAGGUUAUUAACUCACACGGAAACGCGAAGCUUACAAAAUAUACAUACAUACAUACAUACUUUAAAGAGAAAAUGAAUUCUUCAGUAUCCUUCCUUUUAGUGAUGAUCUGUGCGGUCGUUUUAGCGGCACAACAAGGUCAAGCAAAGAAGGGCUGCAACGCUUAUGGCCAUGCUUGUUACGGUGGACAUGGAAAACGUUCACUGGGCUCAUUGAAGGAUGAGAUGCGGGUGAAUAAUGCGUACAGAAACGAGAGAGAGUUAUUAAGUCCAGACGAGUUACUGCAGGUGAUGCCCAACGAAGCGACAGCACUAUUGCCAGAAGGGGAAAUUGAAACGUUUCCCAGAUAUCGACUCAUCAAGAUUAUGAGGUCAUUGUUGAGCGGACACCUGAAACGACCUAACGAAAUCGACUACCCCAUUUCAGCUGAGGCAUUCAGCCGGGACAACAGCAACGACUUCAACUGAGAUGCCAAACAAAUUUCAACUACCCCCCAGCGAACCAUAUAGCCUAUUUAAUUUACCUAGCCACAGACACACACAAAUGGGAACGAAAAACAAAUUGCAUUUGACUGCAAUAAAAAUUUAACUCACAAUUAACAAUGGAAAUUUAUUUUUAUUUUAUCAAGGAUGAAAAUGUAACUAAAAAAUAUGUAAGAAUGUUAACAAAGAUAGCAAAUACAGGUAUAAAAAAUA